AUGAGGAACUUUAAAGGAGUCAACUUUGGGACUCUCCUGAGCAGCCAAGAGGAGGCUGAAGAGUUGUUGCCUGAGUUGAAGGAAUUCCUGUUCAAACCUCCAGCUGAUCCUCCUAGCUGCCGAUAUAAUGCAGAAAGAAGACAAGUCUGUGAUGCCAUCCUGAGGGCUUGUAAUCAGCAGCUGACUGCCAAGCUGACUUGCUCUGGACACCUGAACAGCCUGCUAGAGCUGGCAGAACUGGCCUGCCAUGGCUACAUCGUGUCUACUCCCCAGCGCUCUCCCCUCUACUUAGAACGAAUCCUUUUUAUCUUCUUGCGGAAUGUUGCUGCUCAGGGUAGCCCAGAGGCCACACUGCGUCUUGCCCAGCCCCUCCAUUCCUGCCUAGUACAGUGCUCUCACCAAGCUGCUUCGCAGGACUAUACUGCUGUGACUCAGGGCAGCUUUUCUCUGCUUUGGAAAGGGGCAGAAGCCCUGGUGGAGCAGCGAGCUGCCGUCUCAGUUCGACUGAAGGCCUUAAGUUUCCUAGUACUCUUAGAAGACCAGAGUACCCCUUGUGAGGUUCCCCAUUUUGCUUCUCCAACAGCCUCUCGAGUAGUAGCUGCCCAUCAGCUAUUUGAUUCUAGUGGGCAUGGUUUGAGUGAAUCAGAUGCUGAUUUCCUAGAAGACCUGCUCUCUAGGCAUUUGAUCCAAGUCUUGGUGGGUGAGGGAGGAAGUUCUGGGGCUCUUUCUCCCCAGAGGGCCCUCUGCUUCUUGGAGCUCACCGUGGAACACUGCCGUCGUCUCUGCUGGAGCUCUCACUUCACCAAAGCCAGGAGAGCAGUCGAGAAGGCCCAUAAUUACCUGAAGAAUACAAAUCUGGCCCCUAGUCUCCACUUAUGCCAGCUAGGAGUUGAGCUGCUGCAGAUUGGAGAGGGAGGACCCCAGGCAGUGACCAAGCUUCUGGUCAAAGCAUCAACUAUCCUAAAGGCCAGUAUGGAGACACCAUCACCACCACUGCGGGCAUUGAGUGACACCUGUCAGUUUUUCCUCUCAGGUCUGGAGAAAGGAACCAAAAAGCGUUACAGCUCUGAUGCUGUUUUGAGUCUCUUUGCUUUUCUUGGCAGUUACUGCUCGCUCAUCCGGCAGCUGCAGGCUGAUGUGAGUUAAGGAACUGGAAGUAGGCAGCAGCAGUCUUUGCUUCAGAUGUACUUUCAGGGACUUCAGCUCUUCACUGUGGUCGUCUAUGACUUUGCCCAAGACUGUCAGGUAGCCGACCUGGCUGACCUAGCCCAGCUAGUGGAAAGUAGCAAAGCAACUGUUGUCUGGAUGCUGGAGGCCUUAGAGGAUCUGUCAGGUCCAGAACUGACCGACUGUCUAGGAUUGACUGCUGCUUAUACCAGUAACUUGGCCUACAGCUUCUAUAGUCACAAGCUGUAUGCCGAGGCCUGUGCCAUCUCUGAGCCACUUUGUCAGCACUUGGGCUUGGUGAAGCCAGGCACCUAUCCUGAGAUGCCUCCUGAGAAGUUGCAUAGGUGCUUCCGGCUACAUGUGGAGAGUUUAAAGAAACUUGGUAAGCAGGCACAGGGCUGCCAGAUGGUGAGUUUGUGGCUGGCAGCCCUGCGAUCCUGCGGCCCUGCACACAUGGUUGAGCCUGUCAGCUUCUGGGUUCGGGUCAAGAUGGAUGCAGCCAAGGCUGGAGACAGAGAACUACAGCUGAAGACUCUGCGUGACAGCCUGAAUGACUGGGACCCAGAGACCCUGGGCUUCCUGCUCAGGGAGGAGCUGCAGGCCUAUAAAGCGGUGCGGGCUGACACUGGACAAGAACGGUUCAAUGUCAUCUGUGACUUGCUGGAGCUGAAUCCCGAAGAGACACCCAAUGGAGCAUGGGCACGAGCCACCCACCUGGUGGAACUGGCUCAGGUGCUCUGCUACCAUGACUUUGCCCAGCAGACUGACUGCUCUGCCCUAGAUGCUGUCCGAGAAGCUCUGCAACUUCUAGAGUCUGUGAGGCCUGAAGCUGAGGAUGAAGAUCGGCUCCUGGAUGAUAAAGCACAGGCCCUGCUGUGGCUCUACAUCUGUACCCUGGAGGCCAAAAUGCAGGAAGGUAUCGAGCGGGAUCGGAGAGCCCAGGCCCCUAGUAACUUGGAGGAAUUUGAAGUUAAUGACCUGAACUAUGAAGAUAAACUUCAGGAAGAUCGUUUCUUGUACAGUAACAUUGCCUUCAACCUGGCUGCAGAUGCUGCUCAGUCCAAAUGCCUGGACCAAGCCCUUGUCCUGUGGAAAGAGAUACUUACAAGGGGACAGGCCACAGCUGUGCGAUGUCUCCAGCAGACAGCAGCCUCACUACAGAUCCUGGCAGCACUCUAUCAGCUGGUGGCAAAGCCCCUGCAGGCUCUGGAGGUCCUCCUGCUUUUACGGAUUGUCUCCAAGACACUGAAGGACCCUUCGAAGGCAGCUAGCUCCUCUUGUCAUAUCACCCAGCUCCUCCUGAGACUUGGCUGUCCCAGCUAUGCCCAGCUACACCUUGAGGAGGCAGAAUCAAACCUGAGACUUCUUGAUCAGACCACUGAUACUUACCUGCUCCUUACCCUGACCUGUGAUGUACUUCGAAGUCAACUCUACUGUGCUACCCAGAAGGUGACUGAGGGUGCCUCUCUGCUGCUGUCUGUGCUUCAGAACCCAGCUCUCCAGAAGUCUUCUAAGGCUUGGUACUUGCUGCGUGUCCAGGCUCUGCAGUUGGUGGCAGUCUACCUUAGCUUCUCUGUGAACAGUCUCCCAGUCUCCCUAUGGGAGAAGCUCUGUGCCCAAGGCUGGCAGACACCUGAGAUUGCGCUUCUUGAUUCCCAUAAGCUCCUCCGAAGCAUCAUCCUCCUGCUCAUGGGCAGUGAUGUGCUCUCGGUUAAAAAAGGAACCGUAGAGACUCCAUUUCUGGAUUAUGGUGAAAAUCUGGUACAGAAAUGGCAAGUUCUUACAGAGGUGCUAAGCUGCUCAGAGAAGCUGGUCUCUCGCCUGGGCCAUCUGGGCAAUGUGAGCGAAGCCAAGGCCUUUUGCUUGGAAGCCCUAAAACUGACAAUGAAGCUACAGAUACCACGCCAAUGUGCCCUGUUCCUGGUGCUAAAGGGGGAGCUGGAGCUGGCACGAAGUGACUUGGACCUCUGUCAAUCUGAUCUGCAGCAGGUUCUGUUCUUGCUGGAAUCAUGCACAGAGUUUGGUGGGCUGGGCCAGCAUGCAGACUCUGUGAAGAAGGUCCAGCCUCAGAAAGGAAAGCGGCAGGCCCGGGUCCUCUGUUCACCAGAGCUCCCAGAAGAGGAGCUUUUCUUACGAGGCCCUGCUCUGGAGUUGGUGGCCACUGUGGCCAAGGAGCCUGGCUCCACAGCACCUUCUACUGUUUCCUCCCCAAUCCUGAAAAACAAACCUCAACCCAGCCCUGGCUUCCUGUCCCACCCUCCCACCUGUGACUGCUUACUUUGUGUCAGCCCUGUCCUCUCAGCUGUCUGUCUGCGCUGGGCGUUGGUCACAGCAGGGGUAAAGUUAGCCGUGGGUCACCAGGCCCAGGGUCUGGAUUUGCUUCAGGCUGUAUUGAAAGGUUGCCCUGCAGCCACUAAGCGCCUCAUUCAAGCUCUCCAGGUUUCUAUGAGUCACAAAGCACCCCCUUCCCCUGUCCCAAGCCUCUUUGAUGAGAUCUUGGCUCAAGCAUACACACAGCUGGCACUGGAGGGCUUGAACCAGCCAUCAGACAAGAACCUGGGGAAGGUCCUAGAAUCAGGGCUGAAGUUUGUGGCCACUCGGAUGCCCCUUCUAGAACCCUGGCAAGCCAGCCUCCUGUUGACUCGAGUCCUGGCAAAGCUGAUUGGCCUCAACUGCUGUACCACCCAGCUUUUUGCAAGCUCUUGGGACUGGCAGCCACCAGCAGUAAAGAACCCCCCAGCCUCAGAACCCUCUAAGACUCGGAGCAGAAAACAUGCAGGACCCAGGCACCAGAUGACCUCUCUGAAAGGUCCAGAAGGUGGAGGACCACCCUGUACACCUAGGCCCCUGGGCCGUGGUAAGAAGGCUGGUCCUCACAUCCCUUUUACUGUGUUUGAAGAAGUCUUUACUGUCAAGAACAAGCCUGAGAUUCCCAAGGCCCCCAGGGUGCGACAGAGGGUCCAGACACGGCUUAAGGUGAACUUCAGUGAUGACAGUGACAUGGAAGACCCUGUCUCAUCUCAGGCACAGCUUACCAAGGAGCCCAAGAGACGAGGCUCUGCUUCCCGGGGCCGGGGCCAGGGCCAGGCUAAGAAGGGCUCAAGCUCAAAGGCUAAUGCAAUGGUUGUCCCAAGUAGUACACCUGGGCACCCUAGUCUGAGUAGCAAGAGUCGGAGGACCAAGAAGAUGGUAUCAGGACAUGGUGAGGAGAUCAUGAGGGCCAUCCCUGAGGAGGAACUGGCUGACAACCAGAUGGAAAUGAGCUUUGAGAUCCUCAGGGACUCUGAUGGGGAAGACUCAGCCUCAGGUGAGAAGACAUCAGCUGCAGGAUUUGAUGGAACCAUAGGAGAAUGUGAGGUACUGCGCCGGGAUUCCAGCAAGGAAAAGCUACCCACGCCGUGGCCAGACAAGGAGCUCAAUAAAGACCUUGGCCCUAGGCUCCGGCUCUCCUCAGCCUCUGUAGCCAUUGGUCUCUCCACCCUGGAUGCCAUGUGUGACUCACUGAGCCUUGCUUUCCGUGGGGUCAGUCACUGUCCUCCUAGUGCACUCUAUUCCCACCUCUGCCGCUUCCUGGCUCUGUGCCUGGGCCACCGAGAUCCCUAUACCACUGCCUUCCUUGUCACCGAGUCUGUCUCCAUCACCUGUCGACACCAGCUGCUCACUCACCUCCACAGACAGCUCAACAAGGCACAGAAGCACAAAGGAUCUCUGGAAGUGGCAGAGCAGCUGCAGAGGCUGAGCCUCCAGGAGAAGAGUGGAGAGGUCCCACUGGACCACAUCCAGCACAUCUUUUCCUUCAGAACAUUAGGAUCUGGCCAAUUCCCCCAGCCUGAGAAGGAGAGUUUCAAGGAACACCUAGCUCAGAUCCCAAGUGGGGUGACUGUAUGUGUGCUGGCCCUGGCCACUCUCCAGCCUGGAACUGUGGGCAACACCCUCCUGCUGACUCGACUGGAAAAAGAUAGUCCUCCAAUCAGUGUACAGAUUCCCACUGCCCAAAGUAAGCUUCCUCUCAGUUCGGCGUUGAUGGAGUUUGAUGCUAUCCAGAAGGCACAGAAAGAGAAUAGUAGCUGUACUGACAAGCGAGAAUGGUGGACAGGGCGGCUUGAACUGGAUCAUAGGAUGGAGGUUCUCAUCACAUCCCUAGAGAAGUAUGCGUUGGGCUGCUGGCGUGGCCUGUUGCUGCCAUCCAUUGAGGACCCAGGCCCUGCCCAGGAGGCGUCUGGCUUACAGGAGUUGCUGCAGGAAUGUGGCUGGAAAUUUCCCAAUCUCACUCUGCUAAAAGUCCUGCUCAAUGGUGCCAGUGAUCUCACUCUGCAAGACAUUCAGACCCUGGCCUAUGGGCUGUGCCCAGCCCAGCCCGAACGUGCCCGAGAGCUCCUGAGUGAGGCAGUGGGACGUCUGCAGGGUCUGACGGUGCCAAGCAAUAAGCACCUUGUCUUGGUGCUAGACAAAGACCUGCAGAAGCUGCCAUGGGAAAGCAUGCCCACUCUUCGGACACGACCUGUCACCCGUCUGCCCUCCCUUCGCUUCCUCCUCACCUAUUCCAUCACCAAAGAGUCCAGGGCCUCGUCAGUGCUGAGCCAAGGCGUUGAUCCACGCAGUACCUUUUAUGUCCUGAACCCUCACAAUAACCUAUCAAGUACAGAGGAGCAAUUUCGAGCCACUUUUAGCAGUGAAGUUGGCUGGAAAGGAGUAGUUGGUAAGGUCCCAAGCCCGGAACAGGUACAAGCAGCCCUAACGGAUCAUGAUUUAUAUAUCUAUGCAGGGCACGGAGCUGGUGCUCGUUUUCUGGAUGGACAAGCUGUACUGCGGCUGAGCUGUCGGGCAGUGGCUCUGCUGUUCGGCUGUAGCAGUGCAGCACUUGCUGUUCAUGGAAGCCUGGAGGGGGCUGGCAUCGUGCUCAAGUACAUCAUGGCUGGCUGCCCCUUAUUUCUGGGUAACCUCUGGGAUGUGACUGACCGUGAUAUUGACCGUUACACAGCAGCUCUCCUGCAAGGCUGGCUUGGAGCAGGCCCAGGGGCCCCCCUUCUCUACUACAUUAGCCAGGCUCGCCAGGCUCCUCGACUCAAGUAUCUUAUUGGAGCUGCACCAGUAGCCUAUGGCUUGCCUGUCUCCCUCCGGUGA